AUGGCAACGGCGCAUAAUCGGUCUUGCAUAGCCAAGAAUGCAGUUCCUUCCAUCUCUAGUACACAUUCGAGAUCGCUUUCCUCAACCAAGCCUGGCCCUCCGAUCCCAGCAAACCUUCUGCCUGCGGCGCCUGAAUCCCCCCCUACUCCAGCUCCGAGUCCGACCCCUCACCAAAGAUCACCGACUUGGCCGACGACCGUAGAAGAGGAUGAAGAUGUUUUGUUGAAUACUCAGAUGCACUUCGCCUCUUUAACCAACGCCAAGAAGCAAAAAUUCCUCGAAGGACUUCUCGGUCUAUGUGAUCCUCAGCAGCUCAGCUUUGUCUGGAGUUUCGUUGUUCCCCGAUUAAGGAAAGACCCCUUCCAGGUUUUCCCGAACGAACUAUGUUUGCGGGUUCUCUCGUUUAUCGAUGAUCCGAAGACGCUAGCAAGAGCAUCACAAGUUUCGAAAAGAUGGCGCGAACUAUUAAACGAUGACAUCACCUGGAUGAACCUGUGCGAGAAGCAUUCAUAUGCCUACCAACGACCUUCAGAUGACGAUCGAGACAUUGUGGACCCUGCUGACGGCCAGCCUCUCCAUGCUGUAUCUCCCACUCAUUCGCUGAGCGCGUUGCAGAGCACGUCCACGGUGUCCAGCCUCCAUUCUCGGGACGGCUUUCCGGGACUCCCACGUUCCUUAUCUGGAGACUGGCUCUCCUCAUCGAGCUACUCGUCCCGGAGACGGCGGGUCCGACCCGUAUCUUACAGAUCGCAUUUCAAACAGAGAUACAUGGUUGAAUCGGCUUGGAAUAAAGGCGGGCGCUGCACGCAAAGACAUAUGAGCCCUGAUCAGGGAGUGGUUACGAGCCUCCACUUGACUUCGAAAUAUAUCGUGGUUGCGCUCGACAAUGCCAAGAUUCAUGUGUAUGAUACCAAUGGAGACAACCAGAAAACCCUUCAAGGCCAUGUAAUGGGCGUCUGGGCUAUGGUCCCAUGGGAUGAUAUUCUUGUAAGUGGUGGGUGCGAUCGAGAAGUCCGGGUGUGGAACAUGGCCACAGGGGCUGCAAUAUACCUAUUGCGUGGCCACACGUCCACAGUGCGCUGUUUGAAAAUGUCUGACAAGAACACGGCUAUUUCCGGCUCACGAGACACGACCCUGCGGAUCUGGGAUCUCUCCACAGGCACUUGCAAGAAUGUUUUGGUCGGACACCAGGCAAGUGUUCGUUGCCUAGCCAUACAUGGCGAUCUUGUCGUUUCCGGCAGCUACGAUACCACGGCACGAAUCUGGAGCAUAUCUGAGGGACGGUGCCUGAGGACUUUGUCAGGUCAUUUUAGCCAGAUAUAUGCGGUCGCCUUUGAUGGCAAGCGCAUCGCAACAGGUAGUCUGGAUACUACCGUACGCAUGUGGGACCCUGAAACCGGACAAUGUAAUGGCAUCUUGCAGGGCCACACGUCUCUGGUUGGACAAUUACAGAUGCGUGGCGAUACGCUGGUUACUGGAGGCUCCGACGGCGCAAUCCGGAUAUGGUCGCUGGUCACGAAUACACCCAUUCAUCGGCUGGCAGCGCAUGACAACAGCGUGACAAGCCUGCAGUUUGACAGCUCUCGUAUCGUUAGCGGUGGCAGUGACGGACGUGUCAAGAUCUGGAGCUUGGAGACUGGUCAACUACUGCGGGAACUAUCUACCCCGGCCGAGGCUGUCUGGAGAGUAGCCUUUGAGGCGGAGAAAGCAGUCAUUAUGGCGAAUAGGUCAGGGCGAACGGUCAUGGAGGUAUGGAAUUUCUCGGCGCCGCCCGAAGAUAGCGGAGACGAAGCCGCAAUCGAAAGCACUGCCAGCACGCCAGGGCCUUUCAUGAGCCCAGUUGAAAAUCGACACCGAGAACGCUUUUCUGACCUCCCUCCCACGCUGCCCAUAAGCAGUGAUAACGAUCAGUCAAUGGUGGAUGCUCCCUUGUCUUGA